GGACCGCGAGGUUCUUUCAUUUUCCGGAUAUAUACUUUUUUCUCUUCGAGAAAUUCAAAUUUUUUUUCCCACCAUGUUCUUCUCAUGGAAAAUAAAAAUUAAAAAAAAUUUGAACUAAAUUAUUAAAAAUAAAAUUGUGAUUGGUAAUUUUUAUUUAAAAAAAAAGAUGUACUUAAAAUAACAAAAAAAAAAAAAAAAACAAUUGUUACGACUAACUUUAAAAAUAAAAGUUUUCACAAAUUUUUUAUUUAACGUAUAGAAAAAAAGUUUCUGCAAAGUUGAAAUUUUUUUUAUACAUUUAAAAAAAAAAACGCUACAAACACGUUUUUUACAAGUGACUGCGAUUUAUUAUUUUUUGUUGAACCAUUUUUAUUGUUAUGCAUAGAAUUUUAAUUUUAAAAUUCAAUUCUAUAUAUCUUUUUUUUUUUUUGAAAACGUGUUUCAAUUUUAACAUUUAUCUAUAAAAAAUAGUUUUGAAUUCGUAAAUAUGAGAACGAUCAUAAAAUGUUGGUUUCUAGUUUUUUAUGGCUUCACUCGAGUCAAAUGGCACAGGGAAAAUUAGUCACAGGAAAAAAAGGAUUUUAUGCUGUUAUAAAGUGCACAGUUAUUUUUUUUGGUUUUUUAGUUAAGAACUUGAUGAAAAAAAAAAAUUAAUAAAUUUUGUGUUUGGUGACAGUUUCAAGUGUUUUUUUUUUGUUUUAAUAGUGUGCCAACAUUUUUCAUCAAUUAAGCAAUUUUAUCGGAAAGUGGAAAUAAUUAAUUCCUACGAAAAUCGGUAUCGGUCGUAAUUAAAAAAAAAAUGGAAUCAUGGAAAUGUAACAAACCAGUAAAAUGCAAUUCUUCUUCAUGGUGCCAAAUCGAACUUGUGGGAAGCAAUAAAAGCUGCAAGUCGUAAAGAGCUUCUAUACUUCUCGUUAUUCGUAUGUCGUAAAAACGUAACAUUGUGAACUCAAAUAUGAACUCAUUAAAAUUUAAAGUCUCGUAAGAGGAAAUUGUCGAGCACGAAUUUAUUGCAAUAAACCAAAACAUUUUCAAAGAAGGAACACAUAUAUAUUGAUAACUUGCAAUAAAUUAUAAUUCUCUCGAAUUAAAUUGAACAUUCCUUUAAUUUCAUUAUUAAAAGGAAAAAUUAACAUAAAACGAAUAAUAUAUUUUCAACAGAAAUUAAAUACUCCCAAUCUCGUGACAUUUUCAAAGAAAAAUAAAAGAAGCUCAAGUUAAUGUAUUUAAAAAAAUAAGCGAUAAUUGUAUAGAAAUAUCGAUGUAGAAAAUAUAAUAUACAGCUGGAAAUUAUAAUAUAUAGUUAUAAAAAUAUAAACAAAUAAUCCAAAAAUAAGUGUAAAAACGAAGUUUUAAAAAAUAGAAAAUGACCCAAGGGAAAUUAAACAUCUACUCUUAAAAUCACAAUCAGUGAUACAGUGUAAUAUAUAUAUAUAUAUACAAUAAUAAAAAAAAUGCGUUGGAAACAAUUAGAAGCAAUUAAUUUCAAUUAAAAAGUAUAUAAUAAAAAUAAAAUAAAUGGCUUAUGAUAUGUGGUGUAAAAUAUAAUAAAUGAAAAUGUGAAAUUAUUUCAUUUGUGAAUUUGAAUGUUUUUUCAUAGUGUUAUUCAGUGAACAUGAAGAAGAUGAGGAAGUGUUUUAUGAAAAUGAAGUGAGAUAACAAUGCGUAUUGUUAAUUAAAGAAAGGGUGGGAGGAGUCGCGGAGGGUGAGAGUGAGUGCCGAGAUUGUAAAUGUCUCGUGUGCGCGAUUUUCUGAACGAGUUUCCAUAUCAUGUUGACGGCCGAGAGUAAUUUGAGCUGGACGAGCGACCUGAGUGCAAUAUUGCAUCAGGUGUCUUGCAACAGUACCUUUCUGGGCUGCAUGGAAGAGUGCGGAACGACCGUGACUGGUUAUGAUCAUUUUUGCACUGUUGAACCUUCAUCGACAAUGUCAACUUCAUCAUCAUCAGCAGCAUCGUCGUCGUCAUUGUCGGCGACCCUCUUUUGUAGACCUUGCGAUUUUACUGGUUGCGACUUCAAUGUUUCUCUGGUAUUGAGAGGUCUGGAGAGUAUCGAAGGUGCUUUCCUCUCUAAGAUGCCAAGAAUUCGUGAUUGCAAUUCAACCUUUUUCGGUCAGAUAUUAGAUUGUUCGUCAGUUGAAAAUGUGACAUCGGACGAUCUGUCUGUAAGUUGUACUCAUCGUUCACGAACAGGGUCAGUGGUAAAGGGUCGACAAUUGGAUUGGAGUUUCCUCUUCGUGGCCGUGUUCAUCGUGGCCGGUGGUCUUGGCAAUAUCCUGGUUUGUUUGGCAGUGGGCCUGGACAGGCGAUUGCACAAUGUAACAAAUUAUUUUCUUUUAUCCCUCGCCGUAGCAGAUCUUCUCGUCAGUCUUUUUGUCAUGCCUCUUGGUGCCAUACCUGGAUUUCUAGGGUACUGGCCAUUUGGAGUGGUGUGGUGCAACGUGUACGUGACAUGUGACGUGUUGGCUUGUUCCGCAAGCAUCAUGCACAUGUGCUUCAUUUCUCUGGGACGUUAUCUCGGCAUUCGAAAUCCACUGAAAACAAGGCACAUCUCAACAAAACGACUAGUUGGAUUCAAGAUCGCGCUCGUCUGGCUGUUGGCCAUGCUAGUUUCCAGUUCCAUUACAGUAUUAGGUUUGAUUGAUCCCAGCAAUAUAAUGCCAGGACCAGGAAUUUGCGUGAUUAAUAAUGGAGCCUUCUUUGUGUUUGGCUCAUUGGUGGCCUUUUAUAUACCAAUGAUCGUAAUGGUUGCCACGUAUAUUUUAACGGUGCAAUUGCUACGGAAAAAGGCCCGUUUUGUUGCUGAACAUCCAGAAAGUGAUCAAUUUCGAAGACUUGGUGGCAGAUAUGCCUCAACGAGAAAUCCAGUUUCAUCAAGAUCAUCGGCAAAUUCGUCCAGGCAAUUUUGGCGAACAUCCGGCGGAAGUUCCGGAGCUGACAAGUUCUUACCUGGAAGAACGAAAAGAAGAUCACUGGCUGCGAAUGCUGUUGCCACUGAGCAAAAGGCCAGUAAAGUAUUGGGACUGGUGUUCUUCACAUUUGUAUUAUGUUGGGCACCAUUUUUUGUGCUAAAUAUCAUUUUUGCAGCAUGUCCAGAAUGUUCAGUGCCAAGUCAUGUAGUCGUCACAUGCCUUUGGUUAGGAUAUGUAUCAUCUACAAUUAAUCCAGUAAUCUACACAGUCUUUAAUAAGACUUUCAGAGCUGCCUUUAUACGACUUUUAAAAUGCCAAUGUUCCAGGUCAGGAAGAUUGGCCAGAUAUCGUUCGGUGACAGAAGCGAGUCGAGGGACAUUAAACGUAUGUGCCCCAGGUACACUUCCUCUUGCAAUAAGUCUUCAAGGUACUCCACUUCUGACACCAACGCGAAAUCCCACUGCUAACUCAGAAGCGGGUGGUUCAUAUGUCACCAUGAUACACAGAAAUCCAGGUUCUCUCUAUCGUGAUACGUUUCUUAUUCACGAUCAAAAUUGCUGAGAAAUUUCUUUUUCAUUCUAAGUCUGGAAAGCAUGAAUAUUCCCCAAAUUAGACUUGCCGGAAUUUUUGUGGUGUCGAAUUAAAAAAUUAUCGAAUUUAUAGUUUAGUAGAAUUUUAAAAAAGUAGAUUUUACAAUGAGCCCAAUUUUAAAUAUCGAAAAAUUUCCGGGGGAAUAUACUCAGGGUUGAACACCGUUUUAAACUUUGUUUAUAAUCUUUUUUAAAAAAAAUUAAUUUAGUCAAUUGAGUUAUAUUGUUAGAAAGAUGUACAAAAUAGGAAAACUUUUGCUGAAGAUCGUAAAUUAAUUGAUCUUAAAUUAAAAAAGUUCUGAUCAUUUGAAAAAAAAAGAAAAAUCUAGUCAGGGUUGGACACUUUGUGAAAAUCGAAGCGAAUUAUGGUUUAAAAAAAAUAAAAUAACAUUUAUAAUGUAAAUUGUGUCAAAUUCAUAAUUAACAAAGUGUCCAACCCUAAGUAGAAGUAACAUUUUCGAUUUGUGCUAACCAUAACCAGACAUGUUUCGCGAUUCGAUUUUUCACUUCAUUUUUUCUUCAGUCAUGAACCCCACAAUACAUACAAUAAACUUACCUUGCCG